AUGACCCAUAUUCUACAAAACAGUCCUCACGUUUUCCGUACACUCAUUCUCUAUGAAGCAAUCGAUCAGCUUCCUGCGUUCCAUGCCUAUAUGAAUUUUGCUCGAAAAGUUGGAGAGGAUGCAAUGAGUUAUCAGGACUUUGAGUUUUGGUAUAUGAGGUUUUUGAGAGGAGAGUAUGAUAUGGAUUACGAUAGAAGCCAGGACCCAAAAUGCCGAUCACUGAUGAACAUGCCACUGGAGAUAAUAGAAAGAAUUACGAGUGAUUUCACCAAGAGUCAAAGAAUGAAUUUCCGAAAAGUGUGUCGAAGCUUCCGAAUCAUCAUGGAUAUGAAGCCACCUACACCUCUUAAAAAAAUCCUAGUCAGAUUUGAAGCGGAUUUCAGCCAACUCUGGCUAGAUGAUGGAACACGCAGACCAGAUCGAUACAUUAAUUGGUACGGUACUCCAGAUGAAGAAGCAAAUAGAGAGUUUGAUAAUUACGCGAUUCGUUAUAUGUCAAACGCAUAUUGCUGGAAUCAAGAAGACGUGCAAGAAGGAGAUUGUAAAGUGUCAAGAGGAUAUCGGGCAAACAUUCUGAAGAACACGAAUCACUGGGAACUCGCAAUAAAUGACUUGACAACGGCGUUAAAAGAUCAGAAAGCUGUUCUGGAUGAGAUCAUGAUUGAGAACAAGUCAUUGGAUAAUUUUGGAGAGCUUGAGCCCAAAUUGAAGGCUCUGACCGGAAAAGUUUUAGUAAAAAAGUUGAAAAUAGUAACAAACUAUUCCAAUGAAGAAGCCAUGAUCUUGCCAUACAUCGCCCCGGAGCACAUUGAGGAGGUGGAGAUUGAAAUGAGAGAUCGAAAGUUUGGACAGAGAUCGAGAGGAGAGAAAAGAAAGAGGAUUCAGAAGAUUGUGGAGACGGAGCUCUGGAAGAGAGCAGAAAUUCGGACGCUGCAUUGCCACUCGAAGACUGCUUUUCCUUUGGAUACAUUGAUGGACUUCACAAAGUUUAAUCUGCGAUUGGAGCAUUUCAAUAGCUCGCCAAAUUCGCUUCUACGGACUGUUCAGACUCUCAUCACGUCACCCGUCCUCGAAUGUGUAAGACUGGGCAGUUCAUCUUACCCGUCUUAUCCGAUGCGAGCCAAAGUGCUAGAUGCCAUAGCUCUCUACGUGUAUAUCGAGAUUGGUGAUGUGACAGAUAUUCAUCGACUAAUGAGACUGAUUAAGGAGAACGGGAAAGGUGGAAAUCAUAUUAACCCGGAUAGCAAGUUGAGUAGCGCUUACAAAAAUACUCAUGAGCGAAAUACAAUGAGGCAUUAUUCAAUGUGUGUUGAGAACCGUUUUACGUCUAUUGGGAUGAGGAUGGAUGUCGGGGCUGCUGAGUUCACAGAGAUCCCACCCAUUGUGUCCCCAAGAUAUUUGAGAAUGUGUGCGUACCUAGAUCGGUUAAUGUGGCAUCAAUUAAUGUGUGUUAAGAACCGCUAUCGGGAUGAGAGUCCGAGAAGCAGACAGUGGGUUGGUGGCGUGGCAAUCAACCAAUACAAAGGGCCAUUUGAAGGAAAUAACGAGAAAUAA